AUGUCGGUACAAUCACUCUAUGAAUUAGCAUUGAAGAUUAAUAAUGUGAUGGCCAAGAUCCAAUCUGAACUUAAAUGUGGUAUAUGUCGCUCAACAUUCUCGAAUCCUGUCUCAGCUACUUGUGGGCAUGUAUUUUGUAAAGAUUGCUUGGAUGUUGUUUUCCAACGUCGACGAGUCGUGGAAUGCCCAUUAUGUCGUCAAUCCAUAAACAGAAGGAGUUGUACCCCGUCCGAACAACAUGAGUCACUGGUACAAGGAUACCUUCAACUUGGCCGAAAUUUUCUUCGGGAUUCUCAAGAACAAACGCUUUCCAUUCCCAAGGAUGUCGCUUUCAUGGAUAGUCAAGUACCUGUAGAUGCUAAAGUGAGCGAUAGCCCGAUGCGUGAUUUCCGUCCAACGCCUCAGUUUGUUCUUCCUAAGGCUCGAGCCAGACGAAAACAGCCGCUGAAAAUUGAAGUCGCAACAAAGACUUCGAAAAUGGACGUCAUCGCUGAGGAAGCCGAAUGCAAGGAAAACACUCCCUUACAGCCGUUUGAUGCCGGUGUCCAGAAUCAGCAACCUCCGAUUUUGGCUCGCAGAUGUGAAGCUGAUAUUGUUCGAAAAACCCAAAUAAAGUCAGCCGAAGUGCAGUGCCACCUUCCUGAUCCAAACUGUGUUUGCCGUGAUUUGCGAGGGUCUUUAGCAUCAUUUCGCAGGAUGAACCCUGACCAUACCGCUCAAUGUUCUUCGGAUCUCAGUGCCCUCUUUGUGCUCAUGCCUGAAUUGAAGGAUCUUUUGACGGAGAAUGUUCGUGCACUUUGUGAAGCUCUAAAGUUACAACCUGUUCCCGUUGCGCCAACUUCUGAGGCUGUGAAGCCAGCUGAAGAAGCAGUAGAAGGUUGCUCAUCGGAGACUCUUACUUUAGGUGUCUUUCAAAGUUCUUCCAAGAUAAAUGUGAGGAUUCCUGAUUUCAGUAUCCUUUUCUCUUCAGAUGACUUCGCUAGUGACGAUGACGAUGAAUUGAACGCUACUCAACCACCUGCUCUCUUGAAAACAGAAGUUGUUAUGAGCGCUAACUUGAUCGAAGAUCCAAAUGGGAAGGUGGACAAGCCAGCAGAGGUAACUUCCUUGCAGCCUGCUUGUUAUUGCUAUGCAUUAUCGAGUGCUGCAAGUGAAAUCACUCUGAGAACAUCUCAGUACUACUCACAAUCCAAACUGUACACAUCGAUAGCGGCCCAGUGUAGUCUUUCGAUAGAUAGAAAAAUCACGGGUAUGAUUUUGGCUACACUUCAGGAGACUGACCGGCCAAAUUCUUCUUGCACACGGUCGUCCAGCGAUGUUGUUCCACAGUCUUGUCCAGGCAGCGAAGCUGGUGAUGACGAUGAUGAAAAUAUGGAUAUCACAAUACAAGUUCCUUUCGACUCGAUUCCUUGCGACCUUGACUGUUAUUCCUCUCUUGACAUCGACACAGAUCCCAGCGAUCAGAAACCUAUGGUUAUAAGUGUGUCGCGGUUGAAAUGCAUCGAAGAUGAGGUAAGAAUAUCACUUCUCAUGGAAGCAUUGGUUACUUGCUCGUGA